AUGGCUGCUGCUCUUAUGCCUCCGCUCGUCGUCUCCCUGCUCCUCUGCCUGCUGGCGGCGGCUGCCCCGGCGGCGUCCGCGGCGCGGGCCUUCUUCGUCUUCAGCGACUCCCUCGUCGACAACGGCAACAACAACUACCUGCUGACCACGGCGCGCGCCGACGCGCCGCCCUACGGCAUCGACUUCCCCACGCACCGCGCGACGGACCGCUUCUCCAACGGCCUCAACAUCCCCGACAUCAUCAGCGAGCACCUCGGGGCCGAACCUUUGCUGCCGUACCUGAGCCCCGAGCUCCGGGGGGAGAAGCUGCUCGUCGGCGCCAACUUCGCGUCGGCCGGCGUCGGGAUCCUCAACGACACAGGAAUACAGUUUGUGAACAUCAUCAGGAUCGGCGACCAGCUGCAGUACUUCCGGCAGUACCAGCGGACGCUGAGAGCCCUCAUCAGCGAGCCGCAGGCGACGCAGCUCGUGAACCAGGCCCUGGUGCUCAUCACGCUGGGCGGCAACGACUUCGUGAACAACUACUACCUGGUGCCCAUGUCCGUGCGCUCGCGCCAGUACGCGCUCCCGGACUACGUCCGCUUCAUCAUCUCCGAGUACAGGAAGAUCCUCUCGAGGCUGUACGAGCUGGGCGCGCGGCGCGUGAUCGUGACGGGGACGGGGCCGCUGGGGUGCGUCCCGGCGGAGCUGGCGCUGCACAGCCAGAACGGCGAGCGCGCGGCGGAGCUGACGCGCGCCGUGAACCUCUUCAACCCGCAGAUGGUGGACAUGGUGCGCGGCCUCAACCGCGCCAUCAGCGCCGACGUCUUCGUCACCGCCAACACCUACCGCAUGAACUUCCACUACCUCGCAAACCCGCAGGACUUCGGGUUCACGAACGUGCAGGUGGCGUGCUGCGGCAGGGCCCGUACAACGGGAUCGGGCUGUGCACGGCGGCGUCGAACGUUCCACCCCACGGAGAGGGCCAACCGCAUCAUCGUCUCCCAGUUCAUGCACGGCGACACGGACUACAUGCACCCCAUGAACCUCAGCACCAUCCUCGCCAUGGACCAGGAGGGCCUGUAG